UGACUGUUUCUACAGUUUUGGCUCCUCCAGACCGCCAUGUUGGCUCCAGUGGCUGUCUGUUUGUGAAUAAACGCUUCUGAAAUGGAUCGCUCUGGGUCAAAGGACACGCUCCGGUCGAACUGGACCAAGUAAUCCUUGGAACAUGGACCCUGAGCUGUUUAUGGAGUGCGAGGAGGAGGAGCUGGAGCCAUGGCAACAGGUGGACGACAGUGUGGAAGAAGAUGACGUGGAGUUUAUGGACCAUUACGGAGAGCCAGUGGAGGAUUCUUCAUCUUCUCCUACCUCCGUGACUCCACCUCCCAGGUCUCCUCCAUCCAUACUUGUCCCAGCAGCCUCUGCUCCUCUGCAGUUCCUCUCCUCCUCAGCGAUACCACCUCCUCCUCCUCCGUCCAUCACUGCCACCUCCUCCACACUCUGUCUCACUGCCACCUCCAAGCUCGCUGCCUCAGCCUCACCCCUCAGGGCUCAGGCUCCACCCCUCAUCUUGACGCAGACAGCAGGUGGAACAUUUCUCCUCCCAGCUGCUCCAGGGACCGGCAGCACCCAGCCCAUCUUCCUGACCACACAAGGCUUUCAGAUGCCCACAGUUAUGAACCCCGGUGCUCCUCUGGUUCUGAACUUGCAGCCGGGUCAGACGAUGCAGCCGCUCACUUUGAUCCAGUCGCCCUCUCUGGGUCAGCUGAUCCGGCCUGGUGUGGGCAUGUCCACGGUUCUCUCGCAGAAGCAGCCCGCCCCAGGCCCCUCCCACCCAGGCUCCACCUUUACCAGCAUGCAGCUGCCCACUACUCUGACCAUCCGCACCAGCGCACCAGGAUCCGUUAACCUGCAGGUGUCGCAGGUGAGCGGUGGCAGCUCCCAGAAGCUAGCAAGUUCUCCGGACCAGAAGUCUGCUUCAACAAACGGAGUCAUGAAGGCCACAAACCUCAGCACCACCAAAGCGCCUGGCCAGACCCUCUCUGUUGUUACUACGACAACAGCCUCCGAACCCCCGCGGGUGGUGAUGAGUGUGGAGGAGUUUUACUAUGGGAGGUUUAGUGGAGACAUUAGUCUGAGGAAACCUCCUCCUCCUGGAAUGAAUAUCUUCUCGUUCACCUGCUACAUCUGUUCCUUCCGGGCAGAGAACAACCUGAGGUUGAUGCAGCACGUGCUGUACCACUCUGAGCUGGUUGUAGAUGGCAAAGACAGGCACUGCUGUCACUACUGUUACCGACAGUUCUCAUCUCCGGGUCAGCUGAAGGACCACCAGGACGAAGUGCAUGGCUCCACUCAGUCUUCCUGUUUGUGUCGGAUCUGUGAGUGGGCCUUCGACAAUGAGCCGGCCUUCCUGAACCACAUGAAGUCCAACCACAAACCGGGCGAGAUGCCCUACGUCUGCCAGGUGUGCUCGUUUCGCUCGUCCUUCUACUCAGACGUCCUGCAGCACUUUGCCACCUUCCAUAGAGAGACUCUGUUCCUGCUCUGCGUCUUCUGCCUGAAAGUGAUGAAAAACCCCACCAACUACCAGCAGCACCUUUACCGGCACAAGCUGAGUCAGGCCUUCCACUGCAACAGGUGUCGCCUUCAGUUCAUCUUCCUCAAAGACAAAAUGCAGCAUAGGGUGGAAAACCACCGCAGCUUCCGAAGGCCGCCGCAGCUGGAAGGACUGCCGCCAGGAUCCAAAGUGACGAUCAGGACCUACGGAAAGCUCAAACCUCAGAUGGCACCAAACUCCAUUUUUCAGCCAAACAGAAUCAAGACUGAACACCCCAAGUUCCCGAUCCAAAAGAACCCUACACUGAUUAAAGCUCCCAAAUCCCCAACCAAGAGAGGGCCGGGUCGCAGGGGUCACAGCAGGUUGUCGUCAGGGGACCAGUUGGUGUGUUUGGAGUGCGGAACCGACGCCUCGGACCUGACGGCUCAUUACCCGACCUACGUGCACUGCCUGCUGUGUCCCUACAGCAGCUGCUGUUCCCGGGCCUACGCCGCCCACAUGAUCCACCACCAUGUUCGCGGCUCCAAGGAUAAGGUUCUCCCUGUGCAGAAGGCGCCUCCUCCCUGCGCGUUCGUGCUGCGCUGCUCCGGAUGCCGCUUCCAGCCUCGGUCUGCCGACCAGAUGGCCGAACACCUGCUGAGGAACCCGGAGCACAACAGCGCCAUCUGCUGCGGCCGCAAAUAUACUGAACCUGACAUCCAGUUGUGCCACAGUGCAGAGCAGCGAUCUUCAGAGGAACCAGACCAGAACCAGGACUUACCAGAACCAUCCUGGAAGCUGGCAAAUAAUUGGAAACUGGCAGAUGAAAGCUCCAAGACCCCCCCCCUGGCCUUCACUAACCCCUGUGGACCAAACCACUACCUGUCCAAGAACUGCGACGCCAUCGACUUCUUCAACCUGAUCUUCCCAUCUGCACUCAUUGAGCUGAUCACCAAGGAAACCAACGCCCACGCCAAGACCUGCCGUGUCCUGGGCUUCUGCCCUCCGGACUGGGUUCCUGUCACCACCCAUGAGGUCAAAGGUUUCAUCGGUCUUGUUAUUCUCAUCGGGAUCCAUAACCUUCCAGACCUGUCCCACUACUGGUCCUUCAACCACUUCGACAACAGCUACACCUUCUACAGAGCCAUGACCAUCAAACGCUUCAAGCAGAUUGCUGCCCACAUCCGGAUGGGCAGCUUCAUCAACGAGAUUCACGGAUCCGGCCUCUCCAGCGACCCGCUGCACGUCUUCAGGCCCAUGCUGAGCAUCCUGGGCUGUGCCAUGUGGGAAGCCUACCAGCCGAACUGCUGCCUGACCAUCGACCGGGCUCUGCUGCCCAGUCUGGAGGAGGAGAGCUGCAGCACCCAGGGGAACCCAAAGAGCCAGCCUCAGGUGUGGCUCCUCUGUGAUUCCAAGUCCGGCUACUGCCACCGCUUCCUAAUCCAGGUCGGAGAGAAGUCCGGCCAGGACCUGGGCUUCAGUGUGGUACUGGAGCUGGUGAAGGACCUGAACAACAAGCACCAUCAGCUCUUUCUGGCCAACUCUCUCACAUCCAUCCCACUCAUGCAGAAGCUGCUGGAUCAGAACAUCUAUGCCUGUAGCUCCUUCCCUCCACCCAACCCCAUCCUGCCCAGAGAGCUGUGGGAGGAGGGUGAGCUGGAGAAACCCGGGGACUUCCUGCAGAGGCAGUGUGGCCCCCUGCUGGCCACCCGCUGGAGGGACACUAAAGAAAUGGGCUGCCUGUCAACCAACGCAGCAGCAGGUGAACAAGAUGCUGUUUGGAGGAGGUCUCCAACCAAAGCGGGGGGACUAGUCACCAUUGACCGUCCCAUGGCCUUCCGCCUCCUGCAGGAAAACAUGCGAGGGGUCGACAUCUGCAAGCAGCUGCUGGCAUGCAAUCCACUAGGAGGAAUACCCCAGGACCGCCACUGGCGCAACCUCUUCUGGUUCCUUGUGAACCUGAGCAUCGUCAAUGCCUUCAUCAUACUGCGCGAGAGCCGCAAAGACAACCCGCCCGCCUGGGUGCAGGACGGCCUCUUCAGCCAGGUCAACUUCCGCAAGCGUUUAGGCAACCAGCUCGCCAAGUGUGCCCAGAAAUACUUUGAGACCUUGGAGGUGUCGAGCUCCCGUGGGGGAAAGAGCGACGCUUCAGAAGAACCCAUCAAACAAAGACACAGGAUGUCAAAGAUCAGCAGCAUCUCUAAAAGAUGCAAGAAUUGCAACCUGAAGAACAUGCGCCAUGAGAGCGUGUACGGCUGCAUCGUCUGCGAAGCCAACCUGUGCAAACAGCCCAGCUGCUUCUGGGAAUAUCACGGCCUGUCGCCUCUCAACAAAGGACCAACAAAGAUUGGAUUUCUCAAAGACAGAGUCAGCGGAGAGAUCAACGUGGACGAGGUCAAGGAUAACGUAGAUGAGACCAUGGGUCCGGUGGAGGACCUGGACUUUUCUGACGAUGAUAAACUGGAUGAUGUUAAGGACGAUGAAGAGAUCAACGCACAGAAGAAAGACCUGACCAGUGAAGGUUCAGAGUCCCAGCUGCCAUCAGAGACAAACAGACAUGUUCAGCCAGUAGCUCGGUUAUCUUCCUCAGCAGAGAGUGAUGGUUCCCUGUCUGUCCGUCAACUCAGAAUCAUCCUGUUUGCUCUCUGUGAAGGUCUCCGGCAGGCAUCCAGGGUCUUCUCAACCGAUACGCAGCUCAUCCGGUCUUGGCUGAAGGAGGCCAGGAAGCGUUUGAAGCAGACAGAGCAGGAGAUGCUUCAUGCUGAUGGCUCAGAGCGUAUGGUGGCUUGGGUGCUGUCCAUGCGGGAACAGCAGCUUCCGAUCACAGAGAGCAACCUGUUCAACAAAGCCUCCAUCCUGAAGAAGAAGAGGGCCUUCAGCGACUCCUUCCGGAUCUCCUACGACUGGGCCGUGAGCUUCCUGCUGCAGCACCGUCUGGGUGUCUGCAGGGUCGGCAGGGCUUCGUCUCUGGCUUGCAGCCGCCCUCCUUUCCUGGAGUUCAGAGUCCGAUCCUUCAGAGACUUUACCCAGAAGGUGUUCCGGGUCCACCGGCUGACGGAGCGCUCUGUCGCUGCGAUGGACGAACUGAGUCUCUUUGUGGACUUCAGGUUAGCUCAGGACAAAUCUAGAUGCUCUGAAGCUCUGGAGCUCUCUGGCUCUACACCAGUGAUCACAGUUUACCUGACAGUUCUGGCCGAUGGUACCAUGCUGCCAGCGCUGGUUCUGCCCACCAAGCAGAUUCAGAAGAAAGUUGUGCCGCACAUUUUCUUACUGGAGGCCAGUCCAGACGUUCUGACUGUGGAGGAAUCCUUGGAUCUCUGGUACACCAAGGUUUGGCUGCAACAUCGUUCUGGUCCAACUCAGCCUGGGAAGUCCAUGCUGAUCUUAGACCGGCACCGAGAACACUUAGGAGACCGGUUUCUGACCUCCCUCAGUGCGUCACAGAGCCUGCCGGCAGUGAUCCCUGCAGGCUGCUCCUUCUGUCUGCAGCCCCUGGAGGUCUGCCUGAAGCCCGUGCUGCAGCGCCUCCUGUUGUCUCGCUGGUCAGCGUUCACUGCCAGAAAUCCUCCAGAGCUGGACGAGACACCGACCCACAAACUCCAGGAAACUGUAACCCAGCUGCUGGUUGACUGGCUGCUCGAAGCCCUGACACACCUUCACAAGCUGCCGGAGCUGUGGAGGUCAUCCUUUCACCUGACGGGUCUCCUGCAGGCAUCUUCUGAGGGCAGAACCACACAGAAACCAGAGGACAGUCAGUCAGAACUCCUCAGGACGCUGACCGAAAUCCUGCUGGAACCAGAAGCAACAGAGGCAGACUCACCAGAACUUCAGGAGCUGGAGGACAAAGACGAUGAAGGGGACAAACGGGAGACAUCUGAGGAGAAUCUGGAGUCCAGAGAUGACAGGAUGAAGGUUGAGGAGUCAGAGAAGGAGACAGAGGACACAGACAGAGAGGACAUUGAAGAGGUAAGACCAGAAGACAGAGAGACGGCAGGUGAACAGAAGGUAACAGACCGGAAGGACACCAGUGAAACAAAAGACGAAGACGGGGAGGAGGACUGGGUGGAGCAGGGAAAGAAGACAGAGACAGUAAAAGACAACACUAAAGACAAAAGACCCAAGGACAGGGAGAAGGCAGGAGAGGGGACAGACGGAGUCAGAAAGGACACCAGGAAUAAGGAAACUGAGACAAGAGACGAGAAGGAAACUCAGACCCUGGAAGAAGACAGUGAGGAGGAAGGAAAGGAGAGAGAGGAGGACAUGAAGGACGUGAGCAAAGAAAGACGAGAGACCAGGAUUGUGAUCGGAGAGGAAGUUGGGGACGAGUGGAAGAUCACAGUGAAGAACAGGAGCGAAGGCGCCAGAUCUGAGAAAAAGGAGCAGAGCUGAGUGGGUCAUUAAGUUCUCCUGGGACAUUUGGACCUAGUUUACUGAGGUAUGAGAACUUAACCUGUAAACACCGAGUCCAACCCCACCUGUCCUGCUGUGGACUCGGGUGGAGGGAUGGACAAGGACCAUGGCUGAAACCAGAACAAAGAAUGUCCGGUUUAAGCGAGCACUAAUCGGUCAACUGAUGACUCACGUUUCUGUAAAACUGUUCUUUGGCGUAAGCUGAGCUCCAUCUAGUGGCCAGAAGAGGAACUUCAUCUGCUUUCUGGUUGGUUGGACCAGAGUCGUGUCUGCUAUGGAAAACCGCCGGGCUCAGUGGGUCCAGAUUUCACAGGCGGAGACAGGAGCAACGAUUUUGACUGAUCUGUAGUUUAAAAAGAUAAAAUUAUGUCUUUCCAAAAACCAAUGAGAUCAAAGACCUUCUUCUACACCAGCCAAUCAGGGUCCAGCUUUAAACAUCAUGUGGGCGGGCCUUCAGCACUCAUCAGAACAGAAAGAUUUAAAAUGAUGGAAAGGUCAAGGAGAUGGUCCGGGUGUGGGUGGAGUCAUCACCUGUGGUUCUGCUGGGGAUGCUGUGAGGUUCUAAUGAACAGAACAUUAUCAUGUGUUCCUUCCUGAAUGUUUGCUGUCUGAGCUGCUCUUGGAUAAUAGGGAUCAUCAGAACCUUCAAAGUCCAGGUUCAAACAGAUUCAUGAGCAUAGUCAGUCAGUCAGGCAGGUGUGUGUGUGUUACAGAGAAGAAGAUGAAUCCUCUUCAUCAUCCUAAAACACAGAGUUCCUUCACAGCUUUAGUUUUGAUGAUUGAUGAUGUCACAGUGAGUCCUGGACCCUGAUUGGCUGGUCUGCUUAGUUAUGUUUGUAGCUGCAGGUAAAUGAUCUUAAUUUUGCGGAACAUGAACGCUUCCUGUUUCAGUUGUAACAUAUGAACAUGCUGGAUCUUCUGAUGAUGAUGACUCCUGCUGCUGUGCAGAAACCUUCACAUGAUGUUCUUCAGAAAUAAAGCAACAGUUUUCAGAAA